UCUGCAGGAGCUCCUCCGACCAGCGCAAGCCCUGCUGGUCCCCAGGCACCCUCUCCACGCUCCGCACGUGGGAAGACGAGUGUCAGCAGAAGAGUGGGAGUAUCAUCCUGCAUGCGGUGGAGAGCAAGAGGGAUAAGAAAGUAAGAAGUGAGCAUGUUUGAAAUUCAAAGUGGAAGAACAAUGUGAAAAUGAAAAGAGAUGAAACGAGAUGAGGGGAGGAGAAUAAAGACGGAAAAAACUGGAAUUGGAAAUGCAGGGUGGCACGAGGAAUAAGUGAGCGAAUGGGAGAGGAAGAGAGAGAGUAAGAGGGAAGGGAGGGAGGCGAACAACACUGCAGACACUCAUCCGCUGUCACUGCUCCGCAGCCAGAGGACAGAGGCAGCACCGGCGUCAGCGGGCUACGAUGGAGGAGGACGGCUGCACCAUCCGUCUGCGGCUCGCUCCCCACCACUGACCCCUUCUCUCUGGGAACGUCCCGCCAAGUUAGCGGAGGAAACUACCACCUCUGUCCUUCACGAGAUCACAAGUUCUGGAGCUCAACUUCUGCAGGACCGCCGUUCACACCCUUCGCAAUAAUUUCUCCCGUUGUACACGCCCACACUCCUCAUCACACCCUCUCCUUUAAACCGAAGCCCGCUGCACUUCCCCGUCGCCUCCUGGACUCGUGUGUUUGGUUUGUUCUUCAUCACUGCUGCUUGCUGGCCUUUCGAGCUGAGUGGAUUUACUUUUCUCCUGUGGUGGACCAUGGGGCAGGGGUGGCGGGGCGCAGGAGGGACCCCCGGGAAAAGGACAGGGGGGAGCUGGUACCUUUUGGUGACAUUGCUGCUCUGUGGUUUCUGGAAGGCUCACUCGCAGACAGACGAUGGGAAGUCUGUAUACUUCUGGGAAACAGGUCCGUGGGGGCGAUGCAUGGGCAGCGACUGCGGCCCGGGCGGCAGCCAAAGCCGGGCGGUCUGGUGCGCCCACGUGGACGGCUGGACGACCCUCCACACCAACUGUGACCAGGCUCAGCGGCCCUCCAACCAGAGGAACUGCUUCCGCGUGUGCGACUGGCACAAGGACCUGUACGACUGGCAGCUGGGGGCCUGGAACGAGUGCGUGCCGGUGUCGGCCAGGACCUUCGGCGCCGCGCGGCAGUUCAUGUGCAGCGGCGGCGAGGAGGGCAUUCAGACCCGGGAGGUGGGCUGCACGCUCAAGGCGGAUGGGUCUCCAGCAGAGGACGCCAUCUGUGAGUACUUUGAGCCCAAGCCGCGCCUGGAGCAGGCGUGUUUGAUCCCCUGCCCUCAGGACUGCGUCGUCACCGAGUAUUCGCCAUGGACCUCCUGCUCCAAAACGUGCGGAACGGGCCUCAGGAACAGAGUCCGCAGCGUCCUGGUUCCUCCGCUUUUCGGAGGAGCCGGUUGCCCGAACCUCACCGAGUUCCAGUCCUGUAAACCGGGAGCUUGUGUGGGUCCGGAAGGCCUGUACAGCCUUAGGGUCGGACCGUGGACCCCCUGCGUCCUGCCGCAGACCCGGACCGCACGGCAGGCGAAACGGCGGAAAGGCAAAGGUCAGGGGCUCAGGGAGCGAGGAGGGGUGAAGGAUCCUGAAACCAGGGAGCUGAUUCAAAAGAAACGGUCCAGGAACCGGCUGAACCGGCAGGAGAGUCCGUUCUGGGACAUCCAGGUGGGAUACCAGACCCGGGAAGUGGCCUGCAUCCACCGGAACGGCAGCAGAGUGGGGCGCAACCUGUGCAUACCGCGGGAGCUGCCGCUGACCAUCCAGUCCUGCGUCCUCCCUAAAGACUGCCAGGUGACGGAGUGGACCGACUGGAGCUCCUGCUCCAAGGCCUGCGCGGACCCCGAGUCUCCGAGGGGAACCCGCACCCGGAGACGACAGGUGCUCCAGUUCUCUGUUGGCGAGGGCGUUGAGUGUCCGGUCCUGGAGGAGACGGAGUCCUGUGAACCUCCGGGGGGAAGCGUUCCUCCCUGUGCAAGUUACACAUGGAGAACCACGGAGUGGAGCGACUGCCGGGUCGACGUGCUGCUGAGCCAACAGGACCGACGGCGCACCAACAUGACCGGGCUCUGCGGCGGAGGCCUGCAGACCAGGGAAGUUUAUUGUGUCCAGGCGAACGCAGAGCUUCUGAAAUACCUGAACAACCUCAAAGAAAAAGACAAAGCGGGUCAGACCCAAAGACAGCAGAAGCCUAGUGUCCCCCCUCUCCUCUCCAUCACCUUCCAGAUUACAGCCUCCCGCCCGAUGGAGAACCAGCUGUGCACGGGCCCGAUCCCAAACAGAUCCCAGCUCUGCCAGAUCCCCUGUCCCAUCGACUGCGAGGUGUCGCCCUGGGGGGCCUGGGGGCCGUGCAUCUUUGAGAACUGCAACGAUCAGACCGGAAAGAAAGGCUUCAAACUGAGGAAACGACAGAUUACCAACGAACCAACCGGGGGCCUAGGAAGCUGCCCUCACCUUGUGGAGGCCAUGCCGUGUGAUGAACCCAGCUGCUACAAAUGGCAGCUGGUCAGCCUGGACAGGUGUAUUCCUGAUGACGGGAAGCAGUGCGGCCCUGGAACUCAGCUGCCUCAAGUUCAAUGCAUCAACAGUAACGGGGAGCUGGUGGACAGAAGCCUGUGCUCCUCCUCGGCCGUUUUGGAGCCCGUUUCCUGCGAGGUGCCCUGCGCCAGAGACUGCGUGCUCAGCGACUGGACGCCGUGGUCGACCUGCUCCCAGACCUGCUCCAGCAAAACCGUGGAGGGCAAGCAAAUGAGGACCCGCUCCAUUCUGGCCUACAACGCUGGGGAAGUCACUGCGAUGGUUGUGGCGUGGAUCACAGUGAUGGAGGGUCUGUCACGGGUGCCCCAGUUCCCAGAACUUUACGGCGGCUCCCUGUGUCCGAACAGCAGCGCCCUGCAGGAGGUGCGGAACUGUAACGAACACGCCUGCAUCGUUUACCACUGGCAGACGGGGCCCUGGGGGCCGUGCACCGAGGACCCCUCCACCGCACCGCUCAACACCUCCGCAGGGACGCGUCCCGCUGCGGACGCUCAGGGCCUUUGCUCCAUGGGAGUGCAGACCCGGAAGGUCAUGUGCGUCCGGGUCAACGUGGGACAGGUGCCGCCCAAAAAGUGUCCAGAAGGCCCGCGCCCAAGCACGAUGCGACCGUGUCAGCUGCCUUGCAAGAAGGACUGCAUCGUGACUCCUUUCAGCAACUGGACUGAAUGUUCGGUUUCCUGCGAUUCAGGUGGUGAAGCUGUGAAGAGAAAGCAAUCAAGGAGACGUCUGGUCAUCCAGACGCCUUCUAAUGGAGGACAGGAUUGCCCGCUGGUGCUUGAAGAGGAGAGGGACUGCGAGGUCCCCAAAGUCUGUCCCGGCUUCAGGUGGAAAACUCAUAAGUGGAGGAAGUGCCAACUGGUUCCUUGGGUUCUCAGAAAGGAAACCCCAGGCGCUCAGGAGACGUGCGGACCCGGACUUCAGACCCGAGCUGUGUCCUGCCGCCAGCUGGACGGGACGCAGGCCGACAUCAGCGAGUGCCUGAAGUCCGCCAAGGCCAUGCCCGCCAUCACUCAGCGCUGUCAGCUACCCUGCCAGGAUGACUGCCAGUUAACCAACUGGUCCAAGUUCUCGUCCUGCACAGCUGACUGUGUGGGAGUCCGCACCAGAAAGAGGGCAUUGAUAGGGAGAAGCAAAAAAAAGGACAAGUGCAAAAACACGCAGAUGUACCCUCUGAGCGAGACGCAGUACUGUCCCUGCGAUAAAUACAACGCCCAGCCGGUGGGGAAGUGGUCUGACUGCAUCCUGCCAGAGGGGGGGAGGGCAGACGGGACCGCGGCGAUGAAGGUCCAGGGAGACGUCAAGGAGUGCGGACAGGGCUACCGCUACCAGGCCAUGGUGUGCUACGACCAGGACAGCCGGCUGGUGGAGACCUCGCGCUGCAACAGCCACGGUUACAUCGAGGAGGCGUGCAUAAUCCCCUGCCCAUCAGACUGUAAACUCAGCGAGUGGUCCAACUGGUCCCGCUGCAGCAAGUCCUGUGGGAGUGGAGUGAAAGUGCGCUCCAAGUGGCUUCGGGAGAAACCGUACAACGGAGGCCGGCCGUGUCCGAAACUGGACCACAUCAACCAGGCCCAGGUGUAUGAGGUGGUGCCAUGUCAGAGCGACUGCAGUCAGUACGUCUGGGUCGCCGAGCCGUGGAGCGUUUGGAAAGUCAGCAACGUGGAUCUGAAGGAGAACUGUGGGGAGGGAGUCCAGACCCGGAAAGUCAGGUGCAUGCUGAACACGGUGGACGGCCCGUCCGAGGCCGUGGAGGAUUACCUGUGCGACCCGGAGGAGAUGCCGCUGGGAGCCAGGGAGAGCCGGCUGCCGUGUCCGGAGGACUGCGUCCUGAACGACUGGGGCACCUGGAGCCGCUGCAGCAUGCCCUGCACCAGGAACAACAGCCACGUGCGGACGGCGUACGCCCUGCGGUACCCCGGCGUGGGCCGGCAGUGCCCGGAGUUGUCCGACAGAGAGCCGUGCAGUCUGAACCUCAACUGCUUCAACUACUUCUACAACAUCACAGACUGGAGCACUUGUCAGCUGAGCCCCAACGCCGUUUGUGGAAGCGGCAUCAAGACCCGGAUGCUCGACUGCGUUCGCAGUGACGGCAAAUCUGUAGAUAUUAAAUUCUGCGAGGAGCUGAGUUUGGAGAAGAACUGGCAGAUGAACGUCUCGUGCACCGUCGAGUGUCCCGUCAACUGCCAGCUGUCAGAGUGGUCGGUCUGGUCCGAAUGUUCCCAAACCUGUGGGCUAGAUGGUAAGAUGCAGAGGCAGCGCUCGGUGGUUCAGGCCUCGCAGGGCGACGGCCGGCCGUGUCCGGCCCAGAUGGAGCAGUGGAAACCCUGCCCGGUUCGACCCUGCUACCGGUGGCAGUACAGCCCCUGGUCUGAGUGUCGGGUCGAGAGUGUGGUGUGCGGACAUGGCACUCGCUACAGAAACCUGUCCUGCUUCGUGUCGGACGGGUCCGGCGACGGCGAGAGCAGCAUGGUGGACGAGGAGCUGUGCAGCAGCCUGGAGCUGGCCGUCAACGGAGACAAGAAAAUCAUACUGAAAGAAGCUUGUACCCUCCCAUGUCCAGGCGAAUGCUACCUGAUGGAGUGGUCUGACUGGAGCUCAUGUGUCAACAUCUGUGUGAAAGGAGCCGGCGUGGACUUCGGCUCCGUUCAGGUCCGGUCCCGAGCCGUCCUGGCCCAGGAGCCUGAAAACCUGCAGCUGUGCCCAGACCAGGCUUGGGAGUCGCAGCCCUGCACAGGAGGCGAAUGUUUCGAGUACAAGUGGUUCAGCAGCAGCCGUCCGAACUCCAGCCGUCCGGCUGUCUGGUGUCAGCGCUCGGAUGGACUCAAAGUCACCGGUGGUUGUCCUGCGAUGAAUCCUCCAGUGGACAACAGCUCCUGUGACCCUCCCUGUCUCAUGACGAAGUCUUUCUGCAGCGAGGCCGGGAUGUGCAUGUGCGAGGAGGGCUUCACAGAGGUCCUGUCGCCUGCGGGUCAGCUGGACCAGUGCGCCCCGAUCCCGGUUCUGGAGAUUCCCACUGCAGGUGACAAGAAGGGGGACGUAAAGACCAGUCGUGCCAUUAACCCCACGCUGCCCACCACCAUCCAGCCGGGACGCACGGGCCGGACCUGGUACCUGCAGCCCUACGGACCAGAUGGGAAGCUGAAGAUGUGGGUGUACGGUGUAGCAGCAGGAGCCUUUGUUCUCCUCAUUUUCAUAGUGUCUAUGAUAUACCUAGCUUGCAAAAAGCCAAAAAGACCUCAGAGACAGAGGCAGCAGAACAACCGGCUCAAGCCGCUAACGCUCGCCUACGACGGGGACACGGACAUGUAGAGCCGCUCCUCCUGUCACACAAACCCCUCCAUGACAGCGAGCGAUGUUUGCAGCGUGAAUGGACUCACUUGUUCCCAUUUGAUUUUCCUUAACCAGAACCUUCAUGACCUCCAGUUCGCUCAAUGAAAUGCCUUUUAUUUUUAAACUGAGAGUCUCCAACUCUUUCACCCCCGCACUCUCCUGAAAACGCUGACUAGCUGGAGGCUUUGGACGCUCUGACGGUUUGUAUGUUGCCAAAAGUCACCGCAGGGAAGAAGAGGAGGAGGAGGAGGAGGAGGGAGAGGAAAAUCUCCAUCAAAAGGUUUGGAUUCCUUUUUCUUCCCUCAAUCCUCAGCCGGGUUUUGACUCAAAUCUCCUUUUUUCCCCCCCAGUCUUUUUAUUUCUGCUUGAUUCAGAGGCCUGUGUUUGUGGGAUAAACUGAUCGGCGGCCUUCACCCUCGCUUUGUUUCAGGCGCUACAUUGCACUAUAUUAGUGCAGCAUGAUAUGCACACGUGACUUCUACCUUUUAUUGCCAUAAAACACUGCCUCUUCCACAAACACAACGGACGGGAAACAACCGGAGAGACCCACCAGUAAAUAUCUGUAUAGGUUUCAUUUCUCUGCUUUUUUUUUGGUUGUGGUAAAAUAAAUCUUUUUGUGGUUUGUAGAUUUCGUCGGGUGUUUUUUUUUUUCCCCCAGAUGUAAGUAUGAGCAUUUUAUAAAUUGAAUAAAUUAAUUUUCUUGCGGUUUAGCUGAACUGAAACGAGUCCUGGAGAGAAACUGAAGCCAUUCAUGUCAUGCAAACAUCAUUUCUGCCUUACUGGUAACCAAUCUACUGCUCCUACUGGUAACCAAUCUACUGCUCUUACUGGUAACCAAUCUACUGCUCCUACUGGUAACCAAUCUACUGCUCUUAAUAUUUGAUCUGGCAAAUAUUAAACACAACAGAAGAAGCAGACAAAAACCUAAACAAACCAACUCAUGUAAUAACAGUGUUAUUAUAAAUGCUCCAGUCUCACUACAAUGAGAUAAUAUACAUAUAUAUAUAUAUACAUAUAAAUAAAAUACACUGUACAGAUGAACUAUACAAUAUGUUAAUAAGAAUAUGCCUCUGACUUCAGUGUAAAAGCAAACUGGUGUGAAGAAUGUUUACUUUUUUUCCGUGAAAUUUGUAAAUAAUGACUUUUUUAUUUUUUGGAGAAAAAAAAAAAUCAAAAGUAUGUGUAAAUUUAUUUUGUAUCGCACAGAAAAUGUUAGUUUGAAUAUUGCGAAGUGGGUGUAUGAUAUUGCUGAUUGUUGUUACUAUGAUGCAAGUUGUAUGUUGUGACCAAGAAAACUAAGAGAAAUAAUCAGAGGGGAAGAAAAAGAAACUCGAAGAACUGGUUGUUUUGUACAGGUUGUUCAUAUAUGGAAAGAAUUACUGAAAAUAAACGCGGACUCGGCUGCAAACACAAA